AUGGGGGAAGAAGAGGUUAGGGAAAAAGAGGUUGUGGAAGAAGAUGUUAGGGGAGAAGAGGUGAGGGAAGAAGAUGGUAGGGAAGAAGAGGUUCGAGAUAGACUUGAUGAGAGUGAAGAAGAAAGGGUAUUUGAGAGGUGGAAUAGAUUGAAAGCAAAGUCCAAUUCAGUUAGGAAAAAGAGAAAUGUUGGUGAAGGGUCAUUUGUGACUAAUGACUGCGUUGGACAACAUGAAAUCAAUGAAGAAUAUGAUAGCAAGCAACUGUGCUCUAAUGUUGAUACUGAUGAAGGUGUUAGUGAUAAAGUGCCAAAAUUUGUGAAGUAUAAUGCUGAAGAUAUGAACAAGAGCUUCAAAUUCAGAUUAGGGAUGGAAUUCUGUUCCUUGAAGGAUUUCAAGCAUGCCCUUAUGGAGCAUAAUGUAUUGAAUGGGAAGGAAAUUAAAUUUGUGAAGAAUGAUGACAAAAGAGUAAGGGCUGUUUGUAAAAAGAAGUGUGGCUUUCUAAUAAUGGUGAGCAAGGUUGGUCGUAGCCAUAGAUGUGGGAGGGUUAUGUUCAACAAGAAUGCAAAUAAAGAUUGGAUUGCACAGGUUUUGUUAGACAAAUUUUUAGAUGUGGGGAACAUGACUGUAAACCAAAUAAUUGAUGAAGUUAGAAAGAAUUAUAGUGUUGGGGUAACACCUUGGAGAGCUGCCAGAGCAAAGGAGAUUGCAAUGGACUACAUGGUGGGAGAUGGUCAACAACAAUAUGCUCUGCUUUAUGAUUAUGUGGCUGAGUUAUUAAGAGUAAAGGCUGGAACCUUUAAGAUCAAAAUUAACCAACCCACUCCCACUUUGCAACCAAGAUUUGGGUCUUUUUACAUGUGUUUAGAUUGCUGCAAGCAGGGGUUCUUAGCUGGAUGUAGACCUUUCAUUGGUGUAGAUGGUUGUCAUUUAAAGACAACCUAUGGUGGUCAAUUACUGGUUGUAGUUGGUAGAGACCCAAAUGAUCAGUACUUUCCAUUAGCCUUUGCAGUGGGACUAAUGACAGUUUUCGAUGAGAUAUUGGAAGGAGUGGAACAUAGGUUCUGUUUGAGACACCUUUAUUAUAAAAAUAAAUUUGGUGGAGGAGUUGUCAUCCGGGACCUUAUGAUGGGGGCUGCAAAGGCUACCUUCUAUCAAGCAUGGGAAAAAAUGGGUGAGUUGAAGAAAAUUAAUCAUGAUGCUUAUAACUGGCAUGCAGUGGCUGCAAUUGACUACAAGAUAGAAAAUCCUGAAGAUUAUGUUCAUCCCUAUUACAAGAAAAAUGCAUAUCUGACUUGUUAUGGACCUGAAAUAACCCCCAUAAAUGGACAACAAAUGUGGCCUAAAAGUGAUUUCCCAUAG